AUGAGCGCGCCGCCGCCCCCAGGUAAUCCACCUGCCAAUGCGCCGCCUCACCCAAAUGGCUCUUCGAGGAACAAGAAAGCCAAUCCUCUCCGGCCGAUGCGAAAGAAGCCUGCCAACCCCAUGGUUUCCAGAAGGCCAGCCCCCAGGCCUGCAGCGCCAUCUGGUUCAGGCACACAGAAUGGAGCAAAGCCAAACAUUGAAGAAAUUCGAAGACAGAAUGGAGGAUGGUCAGAGCCACCGCCGGCAGCAUACAGCGACAUUCCCAUUAUGACAACGAAAAAGGCUCUCCUUGAUGGUAUACGUUACCAUAUGAUGAAGUUCACUCAAUCGAAAGUGGGCGACAGAUCGAUAGACCCUGCCGACCAGGAUGAUUUCGCACGACCUGUAACAUUACACCGACGAGACGCUCGCCAACCACCUCCUGGAAGAGCUGUCAAGGUUGAAGCGCCUGAGGCACCACAGCCUGACGAGCAAGAAGCAGAGAGGAUGGCACAAGUCAAGGCGGAAAAAGAGGCCCAACGCGCAAUUGACCAGGCAAAGAUAGCACCUGUAGCUAAGGAUCCGAAUCCUAAACGACCAAAGAAACAGAAGGAAGAUAAAACCACUUUUAACAGAGCGCCCAAAACAGAGGCUGCUAAGAAGGAGUCCGAUAUCCGAUAUGAAGAGGCUCUUCCAUGGCAUCUUGAGGAUGCAGAUGGCAAGAAUGUAUGGGUUGGCAACUACGUCUCAGCGCUUUCCGAAUCGAAUGUAGCGUUCAUGAUCGACCAGUCAGUCUUUCGCAUGGUACCCUUGGAGAAGUGGUACAGGUUUACUUCAAAGCCCCCAUUCCAACCUUAUACAAUCGAUGAAGCCGAAGCUCUCAUGAACAGAAAGGUGACCGUCGCUCGGUGGGCUAUGAAGAACGCGGAGAGAAUUGCAGAGCAAGACGACAAGGAAGAAACUAGAAAAAUGUUCUACGGAGGUGGCCAAAUGAUCAAGACGGAAAGCGCCACGUUCAAGGCCGCUUCUCGGUCAGAGAAACUUGAUCAUGACGAUAUUGACUUCUCGGGUGACGAGUUUCAAGACGACGACGAGACACCUAUGUUUGAAAAGAACAAUGAUGACGAGGAUGCCAAAGAUGCCAAAGACCGUAUCCGACGCGAGCAGCUUGGUGCCAACUUGUUUGGAGAUGGUGACGAGCAAGAAGUUGACAAGGAGUUGAAAGAAAAACUCGACGAAGAAGAAUUGCGGCGGGAGCUUGGUAAAACCACCAAGAAAGCGCUCAUUAAGCGGGAUCAAGAGAAUAUCUACGAAAGUGAUGAUUCUGCAGAGAACCCCUGGAGCAGCUCGUCUGAAGAUAACUCAUCCGAUGAAGAAGAAGACGAGGAGAAGAAGGAAGAAGAGAAGAAGGAAGCUGGCAAGGAUGACAAGGCUCAAAGUGGCUCUGGUUCUAAGGGCACCAACACACCAUCAGGAAAGAAGCCCGAGAGCUCCAAGAAGGGCAAGUCACUCAAAAGAGCCGGCUCUCCAGCACUCUCGGAAUCUAGUGGAAACGAGUCUUCUCGAAAGAAGCUCAAGAAGAACGUCACAUCUGCUGCGGCUAGCAGGUCAGGUACUCCAUUGCCCCAAGGAGCAGCCGCACGCCGGGCUAUGGGUGCUGGAUCUGGUAGCGACGGUGAGGCCACUGCUGGCGAAAUGUCAGAUGGUACUAUGGGCAAGUCGAAGAAGUUGAAGCUGGUCAGCCACAGCGCUCGAGGCACUCCCUCGGCGUCUCGAGCUGGCAGCCCUAAUCCACAAGGUGCCGCUUCUCCUGGAUCCCCUGGAGGGUCGAUCGUCGAACCAUCCGAGAUUCUGGACAAAAUUCCUCCCGAGGGCAUCGCUAUUAGCGAACUCAUCAAAGCCUUUAACCAUCGCUUGGGCGACCGACCUGGCCAGAUGCCCAAGAGCGAAUGGAUUCAGUUGGUUAAGAGACUUUGCGACUAUGGAAACGACAAACGACUCCGUCGCAGAACUUGA